GCAUAAGUGUGCACACACACACACACACACACUCACUGCACACAGACAUGUCCAAAAAUUAAUUGAAAUAAACAUAUGGCCAAAUUGGUGGUUGUUUAUAUUUUGAUUCAAUUUGCCAUUAAAGAAUUCAUAUUCUGGCCUCAUUGCUGAUUUUCGUGGCCUUUUUCUGGCAACGAUUUUCGAAGUCAAAUGAAAUUUUUCAUAAUAAUCACCAUUGGUCGUUUUCGUUUUCGUCGUCGUCGUCGUCGUCAUCGUAUCAACGACUUAUGACGCCUUAUUUUGAUGAAAAUUUGUCCAAUUUACUAUCAUAUACUACACAUGUGAUACAGAUAAAAAUCAAUCAAUCAAUCACUAUUGAAACUGUCAAAUCUAGUUGAAUUUUUUUUUGUCUUAUUGGAAACAAUACUCAUUUUUGUUCUCAUACCAAAGCCAUUCGUAAUACUCGCCAAUUUUUUUUCUGCAUAAUCACCGUUUUUUACAUUAUUCAGAAUUUUGUCAAUUUUUUUUUCACUACUACUAAAUGGAUCUACAAGGCAAAGAAAUGCUUCAACAAAGACGUACUGCUACACGUGCCGUAAAAUGUGUUGUUGUCGGUGAUGGUACGGUGGGGAAAACCUGUAUGCUCAUUUCAUUUACGACGGAUUCAUUUCCAGGAGAAUAUGUGCCCACAGUAUUCGAUAAUUAUUCAUCGUUGAUCGCAUGUAAUGGUGAAACAGUUUCAUUAGGUUUAUGGGAUACCGCUGGACAAGAAGAUUAUGAUCGUUUACGACCAUUAUCAUAUCCACAGACUGAUAUAUUUUUAGUUUGUUUUUCCGUUGUUUCACCACCGUCGUUGGAAAAUGUUGCUGUCAAAUGGGUACCAGAAAUACGUCAUCAUUGUAAUGAUGUUCCUAUAAUUCUAGUCGGCACGAAAAUCGAUCUACGCGAUGAUCGUGAAACAAUAUCACAAUUAGCACAAUCUGGUCAAUGUCCGGUACGUCGUGAACAAGGACAAAAAAUGGCCACAAAAAUUAAAGCUAUAAAAUACAUGGAAUGUUCAGCAUUAACACAACGUGGUUUGAAACAAGUAUUCGAAGAAGCCGUUCGUUAUAUAGUGAUACCAUCGGAAAGACAAAAUGCGAAAAAAUUAUCAAAUCGUAAUAAUUGUAUGGUUAUGUAGUCGAGUUGUUCACACUAAAACAUUUGAAACAUUGUCCAUAACACACACACACACACAAUGAUAACGAGAUAAUCAUUGAUUUACA